CUCUGACCUGGCUCCUGGGGUUCAUCCUGCCCUACCAGCUGUCCUCAGCUAGUUUUUCAGCGCUAGGAGCUGGCACCUGGGGGCACCGGGACAGAUCUGGUGGCCCAGGACCCGAAGUAGUCCCACCCCCAGACCACGGGCCAUGUGAGCUGGGGGCCCUAAGUAGACCCCAACCCCCAGACCGCCGGCCACGUGAGCUGGAGCGGCCCCUUUAAGGACAGCUUCACCGGCCACCACUGGCGGCAGCACCGAGCCAUCGGUUCGCAUCGCGCCGCUCCUGGAAGCUUCUGCCGCGGGAGCCUGGGCCACGGUGGAGCUGGGGGCACUAGCACUGGACAGGGAGCGGCGGGGCGGGGGCAGGGCCUGCACAUACCACCACACCCGGCGGGGACUCGGCAUGCAGGUGCUUCCAGCCUCCAUGGAGCAACCGCACGCCAUGGAGCAAUUGCAUGGAGCAACCCAAGCCGGCAGCCAGGGUUGCACCACCCGCUGCGCCCCAGGGUGGAAGCCCCGCAAGGUCGAGUGACUGCAGCCGCCAGUCUGGGGACCUCUUUUAAGAUGACCCGCACGGACCCGCCGGACCUGCUGGUGUCGACCGUGUACCAGGAUAUCAAAGUGGCGGCCCCAGGGCCCGCGUCCAGGCGGCUGCCAUGUGAGCGCGCCGAGACCCGGCCAGCAGCGCCCGCUAAGUUCAACAAGCGCCACUGCCGCAGCUUCGACUACCUGGAGGCACUGGACGGGGAGGCCAUGGAAGCCUGUCACGAGCCGCCGCCGAUGCCGGAGCCCGCCGCGCCGCGCUCCCGGCCCCGCGACGGUGAGUCCAGGCGCCGCGCUCGCUCCAAGAGCGCGCCCCGUGCGCCCCCGGGCCUGGCACCUGCGCCCGCCUCCCCGCCGGUGCAACCGCGCCGGAGCCGCGAGAUGCAGAGGACGGCGCGCGUGGAGACGUCGCCGCGCCGAGAGCCCACCUACCCGGCUAUGCGCGCGCUCGCCAACGAGCUGCACCCCAUCAAGUUGCAGCCCCAGAGAGGCGGGCCCGGCCGCAUCGCGCCUCUGUGCGCCACCUCUGGCCGCUGCGCACCGCUGGAGCCGCCCCCGGGGCCCGCGCCCCACGUCCGUUGCCGCCUGGACAUCAAACCCGACGACGCGGUGCUUCAGCACGCAGCCCGGGUCUCACGAUCCUACGGGCCCUCUGACACCAUGCCCUGGGCCCGGCCCGGCCCACAGCUCUACGGCCUCACAGUGCCCGGCCCUCGGCACGUGGCGCUGUCACGCACCCCGACCCCCAGUGACUCCUACUGUCUGGACGCCAGGGCACUGUACUGCGAUGGGCCGCUGCCAGGGCCCCGCGACUUCACCGAGCGUCGCCACCUACCUUUCACCACUCCACCCAUUCCCACCCAGUUCUUUUAUACCGAGGAGCCCGAAAGCCACCUCGGGGGCUUUGUGGGGAGUCCUGGGCCCUCCUUCGACGGCUAUUACCCCAGACCCUUCCUACCUGAGGAGCCCCAGGGGCCCAGCCCCAGGCGUCGGGGCGGCAGCUACUAUGCUGGGGACUCACGCACCUACCCGGUGCUGGAUGCACCCUCACGCUCCUACUACGGGGAGGACCCUCGGGGCUACGCCCCGUUCGGGGGCUCGGGGGCGCGCUACGGCCACGAAGAUGCCCGCAUCCACCCAGCCGCCCGGCCCUACUACACCGAGGACUUUGGGCGCUACCGAGACCACCGCGAAGCCAUGGCCCGGACCUACCCACACCCACGAAGCAGCCAGGCUUGGGCCGACUGGGGCCCCAGACCUUACAGAAGCCUGCAAGUGGCACCGCCCUCGGACCUCGGCCCGCUGCUGUCCUCGUGGCACGGUGGCACUGGCACCAGCCCACCGCGGCUGGGCACCGACAGCCGCCACUACUCGCGCUCCUGGGACAACAUCCUGGCGCCUCCGCCGGGGCAGCGCCGGGAUGACCCUUUGGGUCGAGGUCGCAGCUACGAAAACCUGCUAGGAAGGGAGCCUAGGGGCUCAUCCCCCGAGGGCCGGAGGCCACCGGUCGUGGUCAACCUGUCCACCUCACCCCGCCGCUAUGCCGCUCUGUCGCUGUCCGAGACGUCGCUGUCGGAGAAGGGGCGCGCCGGGGAGGGCCUGGGGCGUAACUGGUACGUGACCCCCGAGAUCACCAUCACCGACAAUGACCUGCGCAGGGCCGACCGCCCCAGCACUAGAGGCUGGGAGUUACCUGGGGUGCACGCACCUGCACCGCAGCAACCACCGCCGCCGAUCUCAGCUGCCCACGAGGGCUCGACUGCGGGCCGCCAGCGCAGCCUGGAGCAGCUGGACGAGCUCAUCACAGACCUGGUCAUCGACUCGGGCCCAGUCGAUGGGCACGCCACGGACGCCGCCGCUCCAGGUCUGGGUCGACAGCUCCGUCGCCUGCUCGACUCCCGACCCCGCUCGCCCCCCGCGUCAGCCGGCAGCACCGCUGAGGAUCCUACAGGCGCGGGCACGACGACGGCCGACGCAUCCCCGGAGCCCAGCGCCGACGAGGACGACCUGAUGACCUGCUCCAAUGCGCGCUGCCGGCGUACCGAGACCAUGUUCAAUGCCUGCCUCUACUUCAAGUCCUGCCACAGCUGCUACACCUUCUACUGCUCGCGCCUGUGUCGCCGCGAGGACUGGGACGCGCACAAGGCGCGCUGCGUGUACGGCCGCGUGGGCAGCGUGUGCCGUCAUGUGCUGCAGUUCUGCCGCGACAGCAGCCCCGUGCACCGCGCCUUCUCGCGCAUCGCGCGUGUCGGCUUCCUGUCCCGCGGCCGCGGGGUGCUCUUCCUGGGCUUCCCGAGCCCGGGAUCUGCCGACAACUUCUUGCGAUUCGGCCUGGAGGGCCUGCUGCUGUCGCCCACCUACCUAUCGCUGCGAGAGCUGGCGGCCCAUGCCGCGCCCCUGGGCAGUUACGCGCGCGAGCUGGCGGCCGCGGGGCGUCUGUACGAGCCGGCCGAGUGCUUUCUGCUCAGCGUAUCCGUGGCCGUGGGCCCUGGGCCCGCCGCGCCCCCGGCCACCUCGGCCCGGCCCACACCCGCGCCCCGCAGCCCCGCGCCCACGGUGCGCAAAUUCGCCAAGGUGGCACUGGCGGCCGGCAGCCCCGCGCGGCCGAACCCAGUCCGGGGUUGCGAGCCCGACAUGGAGACGUUGAUCCUGACGCCGCCGCCAGGCACGGCGGGGCUGGACCAGGAGGGCGAGGCGGGCCGGCGCGCGCGCGAAGUGGCCUUCAUCCACAUUCAGCGCGAGCUGCGGCUACGCGGCGUCUUCCUGCGGCACGAGUUCCCGCGAGUGUACGAGCAGCUGUGCGCCUUCGUGGAGGACAACCGGCGCUUCACGCCCACCACGAUCUACCCCACCGAUCGCCGCACCGGCCGCCCCUUCAUGUGCAUGAUCAUGGCCGCGUCCGAGCCACGCACGCUCGACUGGGUGGCCAGCGCCAAUCUGCUGGACGACCUCAUGUGAGCCGCGGGGGACCCGGCCACAAAAACAACAUCCCCUUCCACCGGACCGACAGCCCCGAUUCGCCGUCUCAGGCUGCGCCCACUUGCCUGGCAUC